UGUGGCAGCCAUAUUUUUUCAGCUCCACAAAACUUUGAAAAACUGAUAUUAUCUUGAGGAUUUUCAUAAAACAAAAAAUAUUUUCAUAAUUUUGGAUGGAGACAUUGAAGAAAUAAUUGGAGGUGGAAGAGAAGGAAGAGGAACAGGUAUACAUAAAAGCCAAGAACGUGGACCUCACAUGGAAAAAUGGCUGAAAAAGUAUACCACCUGUCCCCCAGUGGAAAUUCAAGCUCCCUCAGGCCACAGAGGUCAAAGCACCAAUUGACUACUUCAGAAACCUGACACAAGACAUAACAGAAAACAUGGUCACACAGAGCAACUUGUAUGCCAGCCAGUGUGACAUAAAUAAGCCGUUUAACGUUACUUUCAAGGAAAUUGAGCAGUUAAUUGGCAUUGCACAGUACAUGGCAGUCUUCAACUUUCCAAAAACACGGAUGUACUGGAGCACAGCUGCAAGGGUGGAUUGCAUUGCCGACACUAUGACAGUCAAUCGCUGGGAGACCAUCAAGAGAUACCUCCACUUCAGCAACAAUGAAGAGCAGAUCCCAGUAGGUCAGCCUGGGCAUGACAGGCUCUUCAAAAUCCGUCCUCUCCUGACAGCCCUGAAGAGGAACUUCAAUGGCGUUCCAAUGCUUGAGAUGCUCUGUGUUGAUGAGCAGAUUGUGCCUUUUAAAGGCAAAAGCAGUUUAAAACAAUACAAUCCAAAAAAACCAAAACGCUGGGGAUAUAAAGUAUUUAUCCUUGCUGACUGCCAUGGCAUCAUUUACAACUUUGAGGUCUACACUGGAACCAUCACUCAAGCUGAAGGGAAGCCGGACAUUGGUGCCAGUGGCAACAUAGUUCUAAAGCUGUGUUCAGUCAUUCCCACCAACCAGUCCUUCAAGUUGUUUUUUGAUAACUGGUUCUCAGUUAACUGGUUCUUCAUCGACCUACAAGUCCAACUGGAGAGGAUGAAAAUCCAUAGUGUUGGAACAGUGAAAUCCUCAAGGUUGCCCAAUUGAUGACAUGAUUACUGAUGACAAAACAAUGAAGGAAAAAGGAAGAGGGACCUUUGAAGAGAAGGAAACAAAACACGAUGGCGUCAACCUAAGAGCAGUAAAAGGGCAUGACAACCGUUCAGUCCACUUGCUAAGUACAUAUGCAGCAGCCUACCCCACCACCUUGGUCAAGAGGUGGGACAAGAAGACCCAAAAAAUGGUGGAGGUGGUAAGGCCAAACAUUGUUUCUAUCUACAAUAAAAGCAUGGGCGGAGUAGACCUCCUUGAUUCCCUAAUCGCACUGUAUCGCACCAAAGUGCGUUCCAAAAAAUGGUAUCUUCGCCUCUUUUUCCAUAUGAUGGACAUGGUGAUGGUGGAAGCCUGGCUUCUCUACAAAAGAGAUUCCACCAAUUGUGGUGUGCAACAAAAGGAGCAGCUGAGCUUGAUGGAUUUCAAAACUGAGGUGGCAUGCUGCCUCUGCAAAGAAGACACAAUUUGCAGCAAGAGGGGACGGCCAUCUCUGAGUGUCCAGGCAGGUUUAGACCUGAAAAGAAGACGAGGCCCAAUUGCACCUGUUCCCCCAGCCCCAGUUCGCUUGGAUCGCAUAGACCACUGGUCUGUCUACAGUGAAAAGAGAGGGAGGUGUAAAUAUCCUGGAUGCAAUGGAAUAAUCAAGGUCAAGUGCAUGAAAUGUGAUGUGUUUCUGUGUCACACAGACUGCUUCUUCUCCUUUCACACACAGUAACCAAUAGAUGAGUUGGACUCCUGUCCAUGAUUUCUGUGUUAAU